AUGACAGCCAAGGACCUGCGCGAGGUCCACGACGACGAAAAAGUCGAUGACGUCGAGCGCGUCGCCGGCUCGCAGACCGAACGCGGCUCGAUCACAACCAGCACCGACUCGGUAACCAUCCACGGCCCUCAUGGCGGCGCCGACGAUGUGACGGCCAGAGAGGCCAAGUCGGGUGUCAUGUCCAACGACGCCACCGCCGCAACAUCGUUGGGUGACACGGCCGCCGAGACAAAAGUGGCGUCCGGCGACGACGCGCAAGGACCCCGUCCUCCCACCGGCGCUGAUGACAACGACCCGGAAUCCGGCCGCACGAAGCUCGAGACCCUGCUCAUUGUGCUCUCACUCUGCGCGGCUCUGUUCCUGGCGGCGCUGGACGUCACAAUCAUCACCACCGCCGUGCCCACCAUCGCCGAGGAGUUUAACAGCAACAUCGGCUACAUCUGGAUUGGUAGCGCGUAUCUCCUCGCCAACGCCGCCUUCGUGCCGACAUGGGGCAAGAUUUCCGACAUCUGGGGCCGAAAGCCCGUGCUCUUGUCCGCCGUCGGUGUGUUCUGGAUUGGAUCGUUGAUAUGCGGGUUGUCUACGAGCAUGGGGAUGCUGAUUGGAGCCCGUGCGAUCCAGGGUAUUGGCGGUGGUGGCAUCAUCGUCCUCGUCAACAUCUGCAUCAGCGACCUCUUCUCCAUGCGCCAGCGCGGCGUCUACUUUGGCGUCAUGGGCAUGGUCUGGGCCGUGGCCUCGGCCGUCGGGCCCGUCAUGGGCGGCGUCUUCACGAGCAAGGUGACGUGGCGCUGGUGCUUCUACAUCAACCUGCCCAUCUCGGGCGUCGGCAUCGUCGUGCUCUUCUUCGUCCUCAAGCUGCACAACCCGCGCACGCCCGCCCUCGAGGGCCUCAAGGCCAUUGACUGGAUCGGCACCCUCACCAUCAUCGGCGGCACCAUCAUGUUCCUGUUCGGCCUCGAGUUUGGCGGUGUGAGCUACCCGUGGAGCUCGCCGACGGUCAUCUGUCUCAUCGUCUUUGGGAUCGUGACGAUUGGCCUCUUUGCCGUUAACGAGUGGAAGUACGCAAAGUACCCCGUCAUCCCGAUGCACCUGUUCAAGAGCUGGUCCAAUGUGGCGGCUUUCGCGACGGCCUUCUGUCACGCCUUCGCCUUCAUCUCCGGAAGCUACUGGCUGCCCCUCUACUUCCAGGGCGUGCAGGGUGUCUCCUCCCUUCUUUCGGGAGUCUACCUCCUCCCCUACGUGCUCUCCCUCUCCCUCAUGUCCGCCGUCGCCGGCGUCCUGAUCCGCAAGACGGGCAAUUACCUCUACCUCAUCAUCGGAGGCAUGUUCGUCUCCACGCUCGGCUUCGGCCUCUUCUACGACCUCCCGCUGGACCGCAACUUUACCAAGAUCAUUCUCUACCAGAUCGUCGCCGGCCUGGGCAUCGGCCCAAACUUCCAGUCGCCCUUGAUCGCUGUGCAGACCUCGGUCGAGCCGCGCGACAUCGCGGCGGCGACGUCGGCUUUUGGCUUCGUCCGACAGAUGGGAACGUCCAUCUCGGUCGUUAUUGGUGGCGUCGUUUUUAACAAUGAGAUGCAGAAGCAGUACCCCCGGCUGAGGGAGCAGCUGGGGCCGGACCUGGCGAACAUGCUCUCCGGCUCGAGCGCCGCAUCGAGCGUCGGCAUAGUGGCAGAUCUGCAGGGUGAACAGGGGCAGAUUGCGCGCGGGGCAUAUCUGACGAGUCUGAGGACGAUGUACAUCGUCUAUGUUGCGUUUGCAGGGCUGGGUCUUGUUAUGAGUCUGUUCAUCAGACAGAAACAGUUGAGCAAGAAGCAUACGGAGCAUAAGACGGGGCUGAAGACGCUUCGGAGCCGAACAGGUCGGUAG